AUGACCAUUGGUGAUGUUAACGUUUAUCCAGUACAUGAUUUUUAUCAAGAAAGAAAGGAAGAGCGCAUUAGAAAGCUUCUGAUGCUUACUGCUGAAGAACGCGCAGAAUUACCUUUCCGAAGGAUUUCUGCACUUACAUUUAUUGUUAUUAUGCUCAUAUUUGGCUUACCAUUAUGGUGGCAAACAACUUCAACAUACCGAGUACCAUUUCGUACUUUUCCUCCUAACCAGCAAAUCACCUUGCCAGUUUAUAUAUCAAUAGCUAGCUCAUAUUCAUCUAUGAAAUCUCAUGUUGACCGUGCAAUUGGUCUACUUCUGAAUGAACUUUCUAAGCUUCCAAAAAUCGAUCAACUGCGCUUCAUAUUUAGGUUGAAUCACGAAGAUAUGGAUGCUUUGGGAUUCGUUUCAACAAUUAAUACGGAGAAGAGUGAUUUGUUUGGAGUGCAUAUUGCAAUAAUUAAUGAGACAGUAUGGCCAUAUUCUGGAUAUACAACCUAUUUCGAUGACCAGUGGUCGUUUAUCCUUAACCAUCAAGAUGAAUCGAAGGUUGCGCAACGUAUGUUUGCAGCCAUAACAGAUGUUCUUUUGGAUACCGGUCAUCUUUCAGCAAUUGUAAAACGUGAUCUGAGGCAGCGAAUACUAUCGUCGGAAGUUGUUACUUUAUCAUCAAGUCAGCAGAAACGCUUGAUUUGGGAUUCAGUCGCUUUAAGUGCUCGAUAUAUUGUGCAAGUAAUAUUCUUACACGCUGGUUAUAAUGAGAGCAACGAAUAUUAUUCAGCGGAGAAUAUUAUUUUGCAUGCACGUCGAUUUGCCACAAAAUUGGCCGAAGUGUCAGACUUGGUUAUCAGUUCAGAACAUCUCUGGGAUUUUGACUUGACCGCAUGGCUAAAAAAAAAUAUGCAAGAAAGAAAUAGCAUUCGAAUGGAUGACAUAUCACAAAUAGUUACUGCUAUCGAACAGGAGACCAGUACUGUUGAGUCAUCUGUUCCAGUUAUGAAAUUAGUAGUACUGGAUGCACCUCAUCCAAUUACUCUUCUUGAUUACAUGGGUGAUGAGAGCAAUGGUGUGAUUGUAGCUUCCUGGGGCGCUUUACUUUCCUAUGGUGGCGAAAAACGCUUAGCUCUCAAUCAAUCAGUGGUUGCUGCUAUGCGUGUUCUUUUUGGCCUUGAUACAGACUUACCAGUAUCAUUUGAUCGAUUAUCAUUACCAGUGGCAAAAUGGGAAAUUAAACGCAUUAAAUUACGGUCAUUUAUCGAUUGUUCGAUAAGUGGGAUCUCGUCAAUUGCUGCGAUUCACAAAUUAAUCUCACAGAUUGAUAACAUUGUCAUAAAUGAAGAGAUAUGUUACAAAUGA